GUGAGAUGUGAACAACUGAGUUGUGUUUUGGAUUUACAACCGUUUAAAACACAGAGACACCGUGCUGGUCAGGUCACCAUGAAGUCAAAAGGUCUAGUCAUGGUGAUUCUACUGUCAAGCGUCCGUCUCACAGACGGGGGAGACGUCUAUGUAACCUGUGUGAUCUCGGAGGAUUGUGUCAUGCCCUGCAGCUUUAUGCCUGGGAGUGAGGAAGUCAUCCACUGGCUGAAACCAGUUGCGGACCUGACUGUCCACUCCUACUACUACAGUACAGAUCAGCUCCAACAGCAGAGCCUGCAUUACAGAAGGAGAACAGCCCUGUUCAAUGACCAGAUACACAAAGGAAACGCAUCACUACUGCUGAACGCGAUCACUCUCCAGGACCAGGGUACAUACAAGUGUUACACCAGCACUGUUAAAGGCAACAAGGAGUCCUUCAUUAACAUAUCAGUGGAGGCUCCAGUCCACUUUGUGAACAUACAGUUAUCAGAUGACAUCAUCACCUGCAGUUCCAAAGAUAUCUACCCCGAGCCUAAACUCACCUGGUCCACUAACCUUCCCUCUGAUAUGCCCUUGGACCCCGGAACCAUCCAGACCAGCACCAAGGCAGAUGACCGGGGCCUUUAUGACAUCACAAGUAGGAAACAGUUUAGCAGAGACCGAACCAACAUCUGUACCGUGACCUCUGGGACACGAGGGGAGACAGCAACCCUGAGACAGCAAGAUCCGGUGCAGUGUUCUCCUGGCAGUGAGGUGUCUAUCCCCUGCAGGAUCCCUCAGUCUGACCUCCUGACCUUCAACCUCACCUGGAGGUUUAACCAGAUAGUCAAUAUCCUCACCGCUACCUACACCAAGGGCACACCUCAGAUGUACAUUAAUGACCAGUGGAAGGAGCAGGUUCAAGACAUGUCAGAGUCCGGCAGCCUUCAGCUCCACAGACUAACCGUGAUUCACCAGGGGAGCUACAGCUGUGAACUCUAUACUUCUAGAGACACACACCUGUUCCUCACUUACCUAGAGAUCACACCAGAUAAACUAUCUGCUGGCGCCAUCGUUGCUGUAGUGUUUGUAGUCACUAUAGCAGCAGUAGCAACAGCAGCAGGGCUAUACAUGUAUCUUAAAAAAAGAGGCCGGGAAGAUACUUUAUAAGAAGAGGGCAUUUCAGUUAAUCAUCUCAACAAGCCCCUGAAUAAACGAGGGGAGGAGAGGAAGACAGAAGGCCAACAAGUAGCGCAGGGUGAUGCAAUGACAGAAAAUGGAGAAUGACUGGGAAGGAAGUGUCUCAGUGUUCUACAGGAAGCGGUUACACUAAUUUACUUGGCUUAUAACCUUUUGCUCUUUGGGCAGCAUGUCAUUCACCAACUUCUUCCAUCAGAUUUGGUGUUGAAAGGACGCAGGAGGUGAGGAAAUCUAAUUGAUUAUACACUGUGAUACCGAGUUUAUCUACUGUACCAUCACAUCUUGAUGAGAAAGAGAGAGAGAGAGAGAGAGAGAGAGAGAGAAGGUCAGAGGCUGAAGUAGGGCUGUUAUGGUGACCAUAUUUCCGGCACACCAGCGGUCCCGAGUCAUGACCGCAGUCAAAUUCCAUGUGGCCGUUUAGUCAAGGUGUUUAGGCUUCUCCAAGCUCUGAUGCUGUUGGUCAUUAGUAGCCUACCAAACUUGCUAACUGCCUGGUACUCAGCACUCUAUUGUCCCUCUAAUCACUGUGACAGCAAUGCAAACAUUUUUGAAAAUCAAAUCAAACACUUCAUGAGAGCCCAUGUGGCACAACCUUUCUAUAAGCUAUGCAACUUCAUGAGGAUCCCAUCAGCUUCCUAGAAAUAUAUAUAUUGCUUUUUUAACUGUUGAUGCAAUAUGAAAAAAAUGGGUGGAGGAGAUUAAUCAUAAACCCAAAUUGAGAACCUUUUGUUUAAGGGUGAAUUCGUGUGUGAGAUAUGUAUUAUGUAUAACCUACCUAAAAGCAAGAGAUCGCUAUGUGCACAUGUAAGAUCAGGGAUAUUGCCCCUGCAUAUUAAAACAGGUAAGAUCAGGGAUAUUGCCCCUGCAUAUUAAAACAGGUAAGAUCAGGGAUAUUGCCCCUGCAUAUUAAAACAGGUAAGAUCAGGGAUAUUGCCCCUGCAUAUUAAAACAGGUAAGAUCAGGGA